AUGCAUUGUGUAGCAGAGACAGAAACUCUCGAAGACCAACACGAAAGCUCGGGGGACGUCUCGGGGCUUUACCAAAUCAUUUACCAGCUCACUGUAAAAGGUCUGGAGAAUGAAAUGUCUUCAGAUGAUACUGGCAAACAGCCGUGUUCCGAUGAUAUCCCGAUGGAGUAUACAAAUCACAUUCCAGCAAUUGCAAAACUACGAAUCUCUCUUUACCAAUUCCUCAUCUGA